AAAUAAAGCUGGACAAAAGGGGAGGUGCCGUUACAAAGGCAUGACUUCGGCUGUAACUGACUCGAACUGUCAACUCUUUCCAGACCUCAAACCUUUAACCUAAAAUUGAAGGGGAAAGAAUUAAUCGCUUCAGCAAUGCCUACAGCAGAAGCAAUGACUCUCAUGUUCAUCGUGGUCAUCAUCUUUACGAUAUUUCUGAUCAUAACGUGUCUGAAACGACAAGUCGGUCGAAUACGAGACAGAUCAAAGAGGGAUCCGCAUAUACCAGGUUCUGAGGCCAAAAAGACACUGAGGCGGGAAAUUGAGAGAAGAUUAGACCGUGUUGCAGACAUAUACCAUGAACCCAAAUUACUGACUUUAGAAGUUGAUAGUCAUUCUAAUGCAGACCUUCCUCCAUAUUACUUUAGAAUGAAAGCAAUUGAUAAUAUGAAAUACCUUGAACAAGAACUGUCAUCGCUAGAGGGUGUUGGCCCUCGAGGUUCAAGGGAAAGCAUUAGAGCGUAUCUGAUGAAUUUGACGAACCCAGGUUGUGUUUUGGCCACUGUAGAACAGAGGAUGAUUCACGAAUUGUGUGAUUACUAUGACCACGCAAGACAUCACCCAAUGCAAUUUACAUCAACCCAGUUUACUCCUUACCAUAGCCUGUUGUUGCGGAUAUUACACUGUGGACGUAACGGGGAGAAAUUAACGGGUCGCAUGAUUUCAACGGUAAAAGCACCAAGUGACCACGAUUCCGCUAUUGACGAGCCAGAGCAUGACCACAGUGGAGAUGAUGAAAACUUGAUAAUCAGUGAUUCCAGCAUGGUCUUACUCCACAGGCCUUCGUCGUUGAAGGUUUCCACAGACGAUAAUUUUGAGACGUCUGUGUGAUCACCAGUUCAAUACAGUAUUUAGUGAAGUAUUUAUUAAGGUUGUAGUGGUGGUACACUACAUGAUUUUGUCAGUUAAAAGCACAAUGUUUGAAAUUAACUCCUCUCAUAUAAUUUUUGUGAAUGUUUAUUGCUUUUGUUGCUAAAUCAUUUCAGCAUUUAAUUACUUUUUGAUUUAUUAAUGUCAGUUAGUGGUUGAAUGUUAUCUAGUCAAUUUUAAUGAAUACAAAUGGAUACAUUGUGUUUUUUUGAAUUAUGGUUACAAUCUCAUUUGAGGCUUUGAUGCGCAAACUUAUCUUUUAUAUGGCUUCGAGAAGUUUAUUAAAGACAAGUCUAGCUUGUGAAUGAUUGAAUAAAUUAUGAAAGUCAGCUAUAAAGCCAUGCACGGAGACACCUUCAACCAUUCAGUGCUUAAAACAGGGAAAAGAGGGAGUUGGAGUAUUUGGGCUACAAGAUAAACCUAGAAAACAAAGGAGAGGAAGUAACAAGGAUCAAAAGUUGGAGCUAGAAUAAUAUUCCACGGUAACGAUAAGGAAUAAAAGAGAGGUUGGAAAACGAGGGUAGAAAGGGAAAAAAGAAUGAGUAAAGUCAAAGGCUAAAAAGUGGGUGCAGGUAGGGGCUGAGGGGAAGUUGCAAAUACUCAUAACAAAUUGUAAUGACCAGUUGCUAGUGUUUUACAAAUUACAGAUUAUGUUAGGUUGGAAUUUGUUCACUGAUUUUCCAAGAAUGAAUUUCAAUACAACUUAAAUUUAUUUUUAAAUGAAGUUAACUGCAAUUUUUUUAAUUUGAAACUAAAGUUGAACUGCAGGAAAGUAAGAGGAGGGAUUACAUUGCUCUGCAUCUAUUUAUCAUUUAGGCCAUGAGUUUUGGAAUUAAAUUGCUCCUCUUGUCUGUCACCUGGAACAGUGGCUCUCAACCCGAGUCCCUGGCACAUUAGCAUCAGUGACAUGUUUUCAAAUUGGAGACUGCUGAAAGGAAAGAGCCUGUUUUUUACUUAAUGUAGAUUUGUUUUUCCAGGCUAACUCGUUUUUGAUAAACAAUUUUACAUGUAGCCACAGGAAAAUCUUGCAGUACAGAUCACUAAUAAUAUUUAUGUUUGAAUAUUGGAGAGGACCUUAGACUACAAAUGCCAGAAUACAAAAUGAAAAGAAACUGGAGAACUUCUGAAAAGCUACUGUUGUAGAUGAACGUACGUAUCUGAAGGCAAUACGUAUUACCCAACUAUGGAUGUAAAAGUUUUUAAAAUGUGUUUGUGGACUUGAGUGGAAUGGAAAUAGUAAAUUUUAAUAUAUAGUAUAGCUCAAUGUUAUUUAACUAGCUUGUAAGAUGAAUUACAAAAUUCUCAGGGGGUGGUUAUAUGAAGUAAUUGGGUGCCUCCAGAGCAUUUGAGUCAAACAUAGUCUCCCAAAGGAUAAAGACUUGAUAUUCCUCCAUGGAAUGAGGUAAAUGUAUGUUUGCUAGCAUAUCUAAUAUGUAUAUACAGGCAGUACCCGGGUUACGUCGGGGGUUCCGUUCUUGAGACGCGUCGUAAGCCGAAAAUCGUCGUAAGCCGUAACAUCGUCAAAAAUCCUAAAAAAACCUUACUUUUAAUGCUUUGGGUGCAUUGAAAACUAUGUAAACUGCAUUUUCAUGGCAUUUUUCAUCAAGAAAACCUUCAAAUAUUGAUUAUCUUGCAUUUUUGGUGUCAUAUUUCAUCUGCCAGAUGAGCGUUGUUGGCGUCGUAACCCUGGAACAUGCGUCGUAACCCUGGAAAUAAUGUCUGAUGAAUAUAAUUGAAAAGCGUCGUAACCUCGGAAUGUCGUAAGCCGAGACUGGCGUAACCCAGGGACUGCCUGUAAUAAGUUUAUUAGCAGUUCAUGUUAUCGUUGUGACUGAAUAAUGACCAAAUUGUAAUGGAUGUGCAAACUAAGUUACUUAUAUGUUGUAAGGUCAAGAGAAAAAUUCUUGCAAAGCUGGCUGACAUUCAGACUGGCUUUACCUGUUACAGGCAGUCCCCGGGCUUCAAGUAUAUAUUCAUCAAAAGUUAUUUUUGGAUUACAAUGCAUGUUCCAGGUUCACGACACCGAUCCGAUAGAAGAAAUAUGGCUCUAAAGAGGCAGAAUGGUAAAAAUUUUGAGGUUUUUGGUGGAAAAUUCAAUAAAAAUGCAGGCUAUAUCGUUUUCAGGACAUUCAAAGAAUUAAAAGUAAGGUUUUCUUACUAUUUUCGACAAUGUUCCAGUUCAUGUCAAUUUUCAGCUUCUGCUGCAGCACUAGAAUGGAACCCCUGAUUGUAAACCAGAGGACUGGCUGUAUACUAUAGGGAGUUCUGAUGCUACCUCCAGUAAUGUUUUAGGUCAUUGUAGGUAACAACUGCUUACAAGCAUCAUAUAGGGGAAUUUUUUUCAAGGCAUCACAUUGUCAUGUUGCCAGGCUAUUUGAUGCAAUAGGUCUGAAAAUUCCAGAUUUUCCAUUAUUUCUGCACAGUACUAUUCCUAAAAUUGUACAUAUACAAUAAAUUAUAAUAAAAGUUUAAUCCAUUUUUAAACCUAACUGCAUUUACAGCAAAGCUAGAUAAGAGUCCUUUACACCAAGCCUGUAAUCAUGAAUCCAGUCAUUACAAGCAGUUUUGUGAAUUAAAAAAUAGUGAGCAAGCAUAAAUUCAGUCGCUGCAAUCACUGUCAAGAAUCAGAGUUCUGUAUUACCACAAUUAUAUGUAUUUUAUGAAAUUCUUUUGUUACACCAACUUUCAAAUUUUGUAGUUUCUACAUUACCCUUGAUUGAAAUUUAUCUUACAUAUUCGACAAUGAUCACCUAAAUCUUCCAAAGUAAAUGUAAGUUUAUUGUAAUUUCAAUUAGUAAAUACUUUUAGUUUAAUUUUUAUCUCGUUUAGCAACACAUCAAUAACGUUACGUAUCACACUUCGCAGAAGUGCACAGUAUGGAAGCUGCUGUGUUACACUAUUUAUAUCCGCUACAAGAAAUGAAUACUCUUUUUCAUGGUUCACUGUGUAUAUAUCUGUUUUAUGACCUCCGGAAAAUUGUAUUUGGUGCACAAGUGUUCAUGGCUGUCCUGAGAAUGUACAUAGUACUCACUUUGGCCCGGUCUAGUUGAGAACCACUGAUCUAGAAAGAAAUUUAUGAAACGAUGUCAUGUAUUUUAAGAUAUUGAAGUAGUUGUGCUAUAACUCAUAUUUUACUACUUUCUAUCUGCAUAAAUUUUUGCUUAAAAAAUUAAUUACAGGAUUAAAAUUGUAUCUUUGUUUGACAAGAGGAAUAAGGAUAUCAUUAUGAUUUGUUCUUGAGAAAUGAAGGUAUAUAAUACAAAGUACAAUGUUAUGUGGAUCUGAUACUCUUAGUCAUUCCUAGCCUUAUACAGUAUGCAUAUUUAUUUUGUUUCUUGAUCAUUGCAAACGUGUUCAUAUGUUUGUAAAAUAAAAUAUUAAAUUCGUAUAGUACUGUAUACAGGUCUAGAGAACUUUGGUAAAAUAUGCUAAGAAAAAUGUUACCACAGUAUUGUUAGAGGUUUGAUCAUAAAUCUUAAUAUUCUCUCAGAUUUGAAGAAUACUUCCUUUUCAAUAAAAUC